UUUGCUAUGUUGUUAAACUUUACCGGUGUUUAUAGUAAUUUUUUAGUAGUUGCGAGUUAGUUAUGUGUGUGUAAAUAAUAUUACAAUACCAACCAUUCAUUGGCAAUUGCUUAGUGAAUUGUUUGAAGUGUUGUGUAAGUUUCGAUGUGCAUACGGAGUGCAAACUAUGACCGCCCCAACCGCAGAACGAGGCUGCAAUUACAUUCCCUUACUGAACGGCUAUCGGAUACUCGACAUAUGAAUAAGUAACAAGAGGUGGCACCAUGGAAGAGGAACAAGAACAAUCGAAGCCCGGGUCCCCGCCUUCCUGCGGGGGCGGUGACGAGGAGCUGGAAUUGGAGGAAGCGUCCGCGGAGGAGGAGGAAGAGGAGACGCUGUCCCCGCCGGGCAGCCAGACGCCCUCCCAGCCUGCCACCAGCCCAGGAGCAUCUCCGGCUUCCUCGGGCUCCGUCCCCGCGACACCGGUGCAGGAGUCUCGGCUGAUGUUCUUCACCGGGAAGCCGCUGAACAUCAGGCGCGGCAGGGGCCGGCCGCCCUACAAGGAGAGGACGACGCAGAGGCAGGGCCGGCGCAACUCCCUGGGCAUCAAACUCAAGAGGUGGAAGAGUCUGACGAAAGAAUCUCCCAGCAGAGAAGGCGACCCCGAGCAGCCGAGCCCGGCAGGAGACGGAGAUGGGGCCGGAGCCGAGACGGAGAAGGCACUACUGCCCGAGGAGCCACCCUACUUCCCUGAGCAGUGGCCGGGCAAGGUGUGUGCGCUGUGCAACCUGGGUGAGCGCAGCCAGCUGGGACAGGGGGACCUGCUGCAGCUGACGUACUCCCCCGAGGAGCUGGCCGCGCUGUUGAAGGAGCGAAGCGAUGCCGGCGCCGAGGGCGGCCUGUCACUGGCGGGCGACGCCGACUCGGUCAUCGGCAGCAGCCCUAGCCGCGGGAACGGCCACGCUCCGGCAUUCGGAGGCCUCGCGGUGACUGUGCGGCGCCAGAAGAGCAUGGCCAAGUGCAAAAAUCCUUGCCCCACCAAUUCCGUUGAACCAGUGGACGAACUCAGUGUAGUUGGGUACCUCGACGAACCGGAUGUGGCGUCCAUCUUUGAAGCCUCGGGCCAUUUUUACGUCCACCAAGCGUGCGCACUGUGGUCGCAAGGUGUGACACGCUCCGAGGACCUGGUGUUCCGCAACGUGGCGUCGGCCGUGGUGCAGGCGGCCAACCGCCGCUGUUCACACUGCGGCCACUUCGGGGCGAGUGUCGUGUGCAGGGUCGCCAACUGCGGGCGGGCACUCCACUUCCCUUGCAGUGCCGCAUCCGGCGCGUUCCAGGAGUGCAAGUCCGUCACAGUGGUCUGCAGCCUCCACUUGGAUCAGGUCCCCUUGCUCUUGUCCGGAGAGGGGGCGUGCGUGAGCUGCUUCGGGCUGGGCGACGUCGCGAACCUGGUGAUGUGCACGGCGUGCGGACAGCACUGGCACGGCCUCUGCCUGUCGAUGGCGCUGCUGCCCGGAGUGCGCGCCGGCUGGCAGUGCCUGGGGUGCCGCGUCUGUCAGGUGUGCCGGCAGCCGGGCGAGGAGGAGUCCAAGAUGAUCGUCUGCGAGUCCUGCGACAAGGGCUACCACCAGACCUGUCUGCGGCCCGUCGUUACUACCGUCCCCAAGUACGGUUGGAAGUGCAAGUGCUGCCGCGUGUGCUCGGACUGCGGGUCACGCACGCCGGGUGCCGGCCACUCGUCGCGCUGGCACGCCCACUACACGGUGUGCGACUCCUGCUACCAGCAGCGCAACAAAGGCUUCUGUUGCCCGCUGUGCCGACGCGCAUACCGCGCGGCAGCCUACCGUGGGAUGGUGCCGUGCAGUCUCUGCAGAAAGUUUGUGCACGGAACGUGUGACGCCGAGGCUGACCUCGUGACGUACCAGCAGAGGAAAGAGAGCCAGCCGGACUACGAGUACGUCUGCCCCAUCUGCAAGAGCCUCACUCAGCCUGGCCGCACCCUGCUGCCCAAAGCUCGCAAAGACAGUGUGGACGAUGCAGGCCCAGACUCGAGCCUGUCGGCGUCCCGAGAGUCACUGUACCUGGAGGAGGAGAUGGAUGUGGAGACCUCUCCUUCAGAGAGGGUGUGUAGCCCUGCUUCCGCUUCCGCUUCCGAUGAGUACACGUUCUCGGACCGAGCGGAGCUACGCGGGGCGGUCGGCCUCGGAAAGGGGAAGCCUUUCUGUGCCGGCAAGAUCGCCAAGAAGAAGCUGGGCCUGUCGGGCAGCGUGCGUGGCAAGGGCGGCCACGGUUACCACAAGCGGCAGCGCCUCACCGACUUUGGGCGCAAACGCGGGCCCAAGGCGAAGAUGAGGGGCGUGUUCGGGGCACCGGGAGUCGGCCUCCAGAGGCCCCAGGUGGACACGUCCCAGCAGAGCGGUGGGCGGCAGCCGGCGGACGAGGAGCACGGCAUAGAGAACAGGCUGGUGCUGUGUUCGGCCAAGGACAAGUUCGUACUGACGCAGGACCUGUGCGUCAUGUGCGGCGCCAUCGGCAUCGACCAGGAGGGCUGCCUCAUCGCCUGCUCCCAGUGUGGCCAGUGCUAUCACCCCUACUGUGUCAACGUCAAGGUGACGAAGGUGAUCCUGCAGAAAGGCUGGCGUUGCCUGGACUGCACGGUGUGCGAGGGCUGCGGCCUGCGCGACGACGAGGCGCGCCUCAUCCUGUGCGACGACUGCGACAUCUCGUACCACAUCUACUGCAUGCAGCCGCGCCUCGAGUACGUGCCCCACGGCAACUGGAAGUGCAAGUGGUGUGCCGUGUGCACCGUGUGUGGCAGCAACGACCCCGGAUUCAACUGCACCUGGCAAAAGAGCUUCACGGAGUGCGGUCCCUGCGCCUCGAUGAAUACUUGCCCGGCGUGCAGCGAUGCCUAUUGCGAAGGAGACCUCAUUAUACAGUGUGUGCAGUGUGAGAGGUGGCUGCACUGUGCCUGCGACCAGAUCAAGACAGAGUCGGAAGCAGAGCGGUGUUCGGAGGAGGGCUACACGUGCCUGAUGUGCAGGCCACGCGACGAGCCACCCCCGCACCUACUGCCCUCGUCCAACCUCGCCCCCAGGCCUCCGCCACCAGUCUGCAAGAGUCCGGAACUACCACCGAAGGUCGGAUCGCAGGCACAGUUCUAUGUGGACGGUGUCUGCCUUUCGGAAGUGGGGUUGCACCAGAUCAAGUCACUGACCAUGGAGCAGCAGAUCGUCCCACGAAAGAAGAGGUAUUCACGAAAGCUGUCGACGAAGGCUGACAAGGAGGCCGGCAUAAUGGCUACGAUAGAGUCCGUCGUCGCGGGAGGCAGUCGAGACGAGCAGCCGGUUGUGAAAGUGGAGCCGGCCAUCGAGUAUAGGGAGGGCAUGGUGUGGCACGCCGGGGAGGACGGCGGCCCUGCCGAGCCGCCGGAGGGCUUCACGGUCUACACGACGGACAGCGGUGUCAUGAUUUUGCGCAGGAAGAGGCAGCGCAACCUGCAGAAGCUCGGUAUCGGAGGCUUCGUCGUCCGCCUCCGCGGCACCCGGUACAAGGACGAAGAGGGCGGGGUCGGGGCAGACGGUGCGGGGAGUGCUGCCUGCUCUACCGGUGAGACGAUCGGGGGAGGAGCCGCCGUCCACGGCCACGGCACCGAGGACGGCACGAAGCCCCGUCGCAAACCGAACCGGAGGAGGCCCCGCAACCGCCUCAUGGAGUGCUAUCCUUCGUACCUGCAGGAGGCAUUUUUUGGACGGGAGCUCUUGGACACAACAAAGGAGAAAGAAAUCGGUAGUAGCGACUCUGAAGGAGAGUCAGCGACACCAAAUGUUGGCGAGGACAAGAUUAUACAGCUAUCGCAGGAUGAAAUAAAAGCUAUAGAGGAACUGAAACCAAAAGAAGAAAGUGAAACAGAGAAGCAAGACAAGAAGGGGGACAAUGAAGGAGAUAACUCGGGCAGCAAGUCGCCAGACAAGGAGCAGGUGGCCGGUGACGAUGCCGACGGGAGCGACUCCGAGGUGCUGAACAUGUUGCCAUUACCGGGUGACCUACUGGACACCGACCUCGUCGACACGAUCAUGAACGAGGACGAUGACGACAUCGCGAAAACCGGGGAUAACCUCGACGAAAUUGGCGAAGACUCGGAGUUGAAUGACUCGCUUCCUAUAACAGACAGUGGGGCAGACGUUUCGGGGACCAGUCAGAAGGACGAGCUCACGGACAUCUUGAGCCCACACUUUAACCUCGAGUCUAUGGUGCGAGACACUGGUCUCCCAAACAUGGACAGCCGUGAUGUGGAGGAAAUCAUCAAAGGAGUGCUGACAGACGAAGAGUCCCAGGAGUCGGUGUUUCCCACGGGAGCUGCCGCCGCCCAGCAGACUUCAGGAGUGCAGCCCAGCGCAGCUCUGCAGAGGACGCAGGUGGGGGGACCGCUGCCACCUGUCGUACCUUCGAGCCUGUCUUCGCCGUCGCCCUACCACUCCGAGUACAGCAAUAGUCCGCAGUUCAGCCCUGCGUUCUCGGAGCCGGCCAGCCCGUGGAUGUCUCCUGCUGAAGUCGGUGACGGUGAUGGCGUUUCCUCGUACAAUGCUCGCACAGCAUUAAAAAUGGAGGCAGAUGAGCCACUUGGUGACCAGGCUACAAUAUCUGCCGUACUGUACGCAAACCUCCACCAUCCGGAGCUGAAGAAGGAGUUCCCAGCUUGGAACGAUCGAGCGAAACAGAUCCUGAAGAAGUGGAGGUCAUUACCAUCGGAGCGUAAGGCGCCGUAUCUGCAAAUGGCCCGGGAGAACCGAACUGCACAGCGGAUGAAGAAGACGCAGCAGGACCAGGAGCGGCUACUGCAGCAGCAGAAGACGUCACGUGAGGCGGAACAGGAACGGCAGUGGAAGCAGCUGCAGGCACUGCGGCAGCAGCAGGCGCACCAGCACCAGCAAGUGAUCCAGGAGCAGCGCGUGCAGGCAAUGGCGAGAGUGCACCGACAGAUGAGUGUUGACGGCAUCCCGUUCCCUGCAGAGUCACAGCAAGUCGCUGCCGGAUUAUCGCCUCAGGAUGGUUGUUUGACGUCACCGGUGGGCAUCCGUCCUCCUCCGUUCCCGCCACCCGCGGGGAUUCCUUCCGGUGCCCAGAAGGGGCAGCGACUGCCGAGUCCAGGUGCAGGUGCGGUUCCGGGUGGCACGAUUUUCCCGCACCCCGCGGCAGCCGCCGUCACGGGGGUGGGCGUCCCGCGGCCGCCGGCACCACCCCCGCAGUCACAGCGCGCCUUCCAGCCGGCCCUGGUGGGGAUUCCCCCUCUACCCGAGCAGCCGCAGCAGGUGGCCGUGUUCCGGUCGGCCGCUUCCGACGUCGUGGACCCGUACGCCCAGCCGCCGCACACCCCGAGGCCCCCAGCUCAGCAGCAAUUCCCACCGAUGAUGGCCGCAGUACAGAGGUACACCCCGACACCGUACCCUCAAGGAGCCCCGCCACCGCCUCCGCCGGGUAUGCGCGCCGUCCAGUUUGCCGCCGCCGCCGCUGCCGGAGGCCCGGCCCCCCCGCGACACGGGUUCACCCCGCGCGGUCCGGACGCGGGCGGGUACGUGACGGCUGCCGGCCUGGGCUUCGUCCGCCCCGGCCCGCCCGUCGUACAGGCCCACGUGGGUGCGCCGCCUCAGUCCGCCGGCGUAGGUGUGGGCGCUGUGGCGGCCGCAGAUCCGUACGCCGUGCCGGCUCUGACGCCUAGACCUGCACAGGAACAGCUGCGGGACCUCCUGCAGACCAAGAAAGCGGCAGACGAGCAGCCGGGGCCCAGGCUGUGGGCGGCAGAUCAGCUGGCGCCGCAGCAGCACGGUGGCGCGGAGGUGGCGGCGGACCCCGGCGCGGAGUUCCGGCAGCCGCUGCCACCCGCGCCGUCGCGCCCGCCGCGCCUCGCUGCCCCCGCUGUGAUCAGGGCUGCCCAGCUGCCACUGCAGGCACAGGCUGCACUCAGGGCGCCCCUCCAGGGCCUGGACCCGAGAAUCCGACACGUUCUGCAGCAGCGGUACCCGGGAGCGCUGCUGCGUGCGCAGCGCAACCCUCUGGAUCCUUAUGACCAUCUGGUGCAGCAUACCCAGCCGCAGGUGCCUCCACAGCCGCACCACCAGGAACCGCCCCCACAGCCGUCGCCGUUCGCUACUGCCGGUGCCAUUGUGUCAUCGGAUGCUCAAGAAAUACCUGAAAGUGUGACCGAAGAGCUGGAGAAGUUGGAAGAAGAAGGCGUUGGAGCGAUACUUGGAGAACUGGGCGACGAUGACGAACUGCUUGAGAUGGGCAACGAUUUCAACAUCUUGGAGUAUGCGGAUCCAGAACUGAGCAGUGUAGUGGGAGGAGAAAAGACGAACAUACUGGAUGACAACCUGGACCUGGAGGAAGUAGCGGCAGGAAGGACAAACGACGACCACAAAGGGGUCAAGAAGGAGCCGCCGGCGACUGCCGUGAGCGCGACACCCGCCGCCCGGCCGACUGCCCCGACACCGUCCACUCCGACGAGUCACUCAUCAACGCCAAAGUUAGCUGAGACUCCAUCCCCGAGACAGCAGGUAAAAGAAGAGAGCUCUGAUCAACCGGUGGCUCCAAGCACAAGUUCCUCAACUCCGGAACAACAGGUAUUGGCGAGGCAGGCCUUCCCGGGCACCAGCCCCACCCACUACGCCGGCGGUGCACCCGGCGGGACGUCUCCGACGGCGGCGGCGACGGGACUGCACCUGCAGCGACUCCCUAUACACGUGCAAGCUGUGAUCCACCACCAGCAGCAGCAGCAGCGCCUGCAGUUGCGGCCCGCCGGCCCACAGCGCGUCGUGUCGGUUGCCCCGGCGACCGGCCAGCGCCUGGGUCUCGCCCCGCCGCCUCCGCCCUACCCGGGGCCGCCGCCCCCGUACCCGGGUCAGCAGGUGCAGGUGAGCCUGCGCAACCUGAUGCCUCCGAGGGCGCAGACGCCGGCGCCACAACCUCAGCCGCAGGGUGCAGCCGUCGUCCAGCCGCGCAGGCCACUGCUGCUACAGUCUGUCCAACUGCAGGAGCAGCCCCUGCUGCUGGAGGAACUCCUCGAGCAGGAGAAACGUGAGCAACAGCAGCAGCAGCAACAGCAACAGCAACAGCAACAACAGCAGGAGGGGCCCGAGGCCGACUUCUCCGCGGGGGCCGCCGGCGUCACACCGCAGUCUCCCCAGCAAGGACAAGGUGCACUCCCGAGCCCGGGAGGCCUGCGUCAGCAGUUCCUGGCCGGCGGCGUGCGGCCGGCAGUCCCCACCUCUCAGCAGUCACUGGGCACCGGGGCCAGCACGGCGCGGCCUCCUCCGCCACCCCAGGGUCCGCCAUCCGGAGAAGCUGCCGGAGGCAGCAGAGUCCCCCCGUUCAGCGCGCCGAGCCUGCCGCCUCCGCCUGCGCCGCCGCCAGACGACGUCGUGACGGAGGCGGACAGGCAGCAGCAGGCGGCGUACGAACAGUGGCUCUCGCACCAGAUGCAGCUCGUGUCCGCCCAGCUCAAGUAUUACGAGUGUGAGGUCAGCAAGCUGCGCAAGACUCGAAAGUCCCUGAACAGCAAGCAGCGCUCACUGCGCAAGGCGGGGUCGGAGCUGGGGGAGGCGGAAGCCGGACAGCUGGCGCAGGUGACGGCGGAGACGGCGGCUCUGCAGAAGCACCUGGAGGCGGCACGCCGGCAGAGCCGCCAGCACAGCAUGCUCGUGCAGGAGUACCGCAACAAGCAGCAGCAGAAGCAGCGUUCGCAGCUACCGGCCGGCGGAGGCGCGGAGCCCCCGUCUCCGACGUACGUGGCACGCUCGCCGACGGUGCCUUCGCCUGCCGGAGGGGGGGCGUCGCCGCUCCCCAGCCCCGGGGGGCCCGCUGCACUGCAGCAGCAGCAGCUGAUGGCACCGAGCCCGAGCUCUGCCGCCAACCGCGGCCAGUCGCCUUCUCCCCGCACGGGCACACCUCAGUCGCAGCACGGCGAGGAGAGCGCUUUCAGCCCGGGAGCGCAGAUGCCGUCACCGGGACGCCUGACUUCGCCGUCACCCCAGCAGAGGAUGUCUUCGCCACAGCACCGGACGACGCCUGGCCCGUUUCCCUCUGACCAGAUGAGGAUCCAGCACGCGGGCCCCCGCUUCGCACGCUCCCCCCUCGGGCUGGGGACGCCGCAGCCGCAGCCGGCCGCCGCCUCCUCCCCCGCAGAGUUGCACCGCCCGCGCAGCUUGCCGGCCGGCUACGGGUCGGGCGCCAGUGAGCGGGCGUCGCCUGUGGGCGGGCGGCCCUCGGGGGGCGCGGGCUCGUCGCCGGCGACUCCUGCGGCGGGCCCGUCCCAGCAGCAGCGGCAGCAGCAGCAGCAGCUGAUCGUGCAGCGCCACAUACAGCAGCAGCAACAGCAGAUCCUGCAGCAGGAGCAGCUGCAGCAUGAGCAGCAGAACGCGCUGGCCACGCUGCAGCAGCGCCAGCAGCAGCUCUCCCUGCAACAGCGCCACCAGCUGCUGCAGCAACAGCAACAGCAGAUGCUGCAACGCCAGCAGCAGCUCCUUCUGCUGCAACAGGGAGGUGGCAGUCCGGCCCCGCCACCGCAGAGCCCGACGACUCCGUCCCCACGGCAGCAGCUGACCCCCCAGCCCAGGGUGUCCGGCAGUCCGCAGGGUGCGGAACACCCGCCCACGCCUCAGCAGCAGCAGGAUCGGCAGCACGACGGCGACGGGGGAGGUGGAGGCGGAGGUGGGGGUGGAGGGGGUGGCAACCCGCACAACCCUCUGAACCCCAUCCCCAUUCUGAGGUUGUUUGGCCGCUACGGCACUUUCAAGCUCGGCCUCCGCGGAGGAUCGCCGAUGUGGGGGUACGGACAGCCACCGUCUACCGGCGCCGCCAGUGGGCGCGACAGUGGGAGCGGGGGCGGCGGCGGCAACGGAGGAGGCAGUUCGGCCCCCCCUACACGCGAGCAGCCGGACACGUCACUCGUCUGCGCCGACUACAACGAUUUCGACGACGAGAGCUCGCACACUCCUCCAUCUGCACCUGGCGAGAAGGAUGCCACCCGGCCGCACACCUCGGUCACGGCAGAGGAGAGGGGCACUCGACAGUCACACCCACCCGACGCCGAUGCUGUCGCACCGCUAGCCGGCGAGACUCACGGCGGGCCUGUUUGGGAGCAGGAAGUCGCGUGCGAUGCCGGUGCCGGGACGCCGCCGCCGCAACCGCAGACGCAGACGCAGCCGCCUCCCCGGGGGUCCGCGAUCCCGUCGGUACUCGGUUCGAACGGUGACCUCCCGAGGGACAGGUCGGAGCUGGAACCUCCGGGAAGAAUUGCCAUUAUAGGACCUCGCUCGGGUCCGGAGAAGAUAGUGGCGACGACCGACACCCCCGAAUCGCCGGAUCAGGUUGAAAUGAAUGUAGACCCAUCACCAGAACCAUUCCUGCCCACUCCAGAGACUGUGGGUAGCAAAGAGGAAGAAGAAAUGGCAAUCCACCAAGAAGAAGUUGUCAUUCAAGUGGACAAGUCUUCAGGGAAGCAGGAUUCUGCACGAGCAGGAGCUGACGAGUGCCACGCGGAAGGGAAGCUGCCGUCGGCACCGGAAAUGUCGCCCUUCGCGACGCCGACUCCGCCUCCUCUCCCGCCUCCCGGCACGCCCUCCCACACGCCGCCCGCCACCCCGCAGAGCCCGAGGGUCGCCGCGCAGUCGCCCUACCAGCACCAGCAACCCGUCGCGGCGUCUGUCAUAGCUCGCCGCCCGACGCCCUCUCCUCCUCAGCACCAGCAGAGUCACCACCAUUACCAGCAGCAGCUACAACACCACCAGCAACAACAACAGGAAGAAGAAUUGCUCCAGAAGCAGAUGCAGAAGACGUCUCCGUCCUCUUCGGCACACGAGACGGCGCACUUGUCGUCUAGGCUCCCCCCGUACGGGUUAACUCCGACAUCGCGGGCUACAGGUGUAAGCGUCAUAGCCAGCACACCUCGGAUGUCGGCAUCCGAGCAGUCGGGUGUUCCGAAUGCCGACGAGAGGAACAGGGCGGAGCCGAGACCGAGUGUCCU